UGUGCAAUACCGGGUGAUAUUUUUUAAGAAGUUGUCCUGUCCUUUACCAAUACCACAUGCCACCAAUCCAUAGCGUCCAUAGCAACCACUGUCAAACGCAAACGAGGCCAUUGGAUUUGUGUCAGUGGACUUCUGUCUGUGGUUGUACUGUUGGGUGAGAAAUCAAAUACAAACUGUCAGGAUUUCAGUACAACAGGAGUUAGAAUGAGUCAGGCAGAAGUGUUCAAGCCGGCCAAUGGCCAGCCGCUGUUUAUCAGAGACAACAUAUCUGAGGGCAACCCAGAGAAAGGCAUCUACCCAAACAAAUCCACUUCACGGCCAAGCACACAUAACAAUUCAAGAUUCGGACAGCUCAGCCUUGCAUCCUUCUUCACACGACACAACCCACAUCCAACUAGAGUAAGACAUAUAAAAGGUUUACUCGACUCUCCAAUAUGUUCAGUAGUGGACAGUGACGACUUCGAUAUACCAAACCCAAAGUUAAAUUUCCCACCAAACAAUUACAAUGAGUCAAAACUCAAAAGUGCUCCCGGCAAUGCAAUAAACGUCAACUCGCAGUUAUAUCCAAUGAACACCAUCACAGGAUUACAGAAUUAUCGUUUCAAGGAGAAAGCUGAUCCAAACUUCGGCAUUGUUCCAGUCACAGAUGCCUGGAGAGAAGAGCUCCAAUAUCUUACACAAGCCGCCCUGAUCCCACAUCCCAAAAUAGAAGAGAGACCACAAAGUCAGCAAAAGAAGUCUAUGUAUUCUGAGAAGACAGGUCGUCUGGUACCCCCACCCUCUCGGGCCAUGUCGCGAGGGAACUCCAGAGGUUAUUCAAGGUCGCGGAGGGGUGAGCGACCUUGGGAACACAUCGUAGAAGAAAACGAUUUGGAGACAAAGGUGUUCUCGAUGCUGUUCCAGAUUCUCGGUGCAUCCUGCAUCAGCGAUGUCAAACAGUGGCUGUGUUCAGCUCCUUCUCAAGAGAAGGAGAUGAUGCUGAGUAAGAUCCGCUCCGUGAUCCUUGAGAACCCUCCAGUGGAGUACCUGGUUGAGGAGAACCACAGGUCUGCCCCCGGAACAGGCUACCAAGACAAUAUGACACAGACGCUGGCUCCCUUACAAGAGGAAGCCGACAUGGAGAAAGUUGUUGAGAGAUUAAGUAUUGUUGAUGGGCAGUAUACAAAAGAGGUCACACCAGCCAGCAGAGAAAGGAAUACAAUCAAUGAAGUACUGAGGAAAAGCCAAGUGUCACCAUUACCAGAUAUCAACCAGAAACCAGUUGCUGACGAAAUGAAUUUAUAUGAUCUAAUACGCACGCACCUUGAACGACCACCAACGAGUCAGGUUUUCCAACCAAGACCCUCUUCCAAAGGUCCAAUGAUGAACGGUGGUGCUGGCAUGCGCCUUCCCCCUGCAUCCCCCCAGACGAUGAGCCAACCCAACUUCCCAACCCAGAUGAAUGGAGAGCCAAGACUACGCUACACAUCACAAGGACAGAGAGAUCCCGCGCCCAAAGCAUGGUACCCAAGUGACUCUAUGGCAUGAGGAAACAAAUAUAGCAACACAUCUACUUGCCAUGUGAUGAACCCUCUCUAAUAAGGACACCACAAUUUCUCCAAAGUUGGACAUUUCUAUUCAAUUGGAAAUAGUCUUCUUUCAUUGGACCACUCAGAUAAGGGCAUCCGUCCUAAGUGUGUCCUUAGUAGAGUAGAUUUACUGCACGUCAGGCCAAACAACAAAGGGUCACAUCAAAAGUACAGUGAUAGAUUUCUAGAGGUGUCGAUUGAAGAGCAAUUCACUUGAGUCUUUAAUAGAAGACCCUUACAAAACAUAUUUCUCAAAACAUCGCCAAAUCGUACGUACUGCUGUCUGCUGUCUUUGUAAGGACAGUUGCCUGAUUUCUGUGAUCAAUUUUUAUAAUCAUUAUGUACAUAUUGUUAUGGUAGAUAGGGGUGUCCUGUGUGGACAGGGAUGUGACUGACACAAACAUACACAUAACAAAUGACAAGUUUUUUUCUCUCGCCGUUUGAUUCCGAAUAUCAAAAGAAUCAAAUGAACUGUCUGUUUGUCACAUGUUUGUUAACAUAGGUCAUCCCCGCAUGAGAUUCUUAUUCAGAGGUGCCGGUUAAUCAUUGUUAAUGUGUUUGUAUAUCCUGUGCUUUACACACACAGUUGCUUUGUAUCUACGACAGCAAAAGUUGCUCUCUAUCAUAAUGUCAAUUGUUUCAUUGCAUUGGAACUUAAUGGAUCGAUCCAUGAAGUAUGAGUCCUCUUUUUUAUUGUUUUUUAUGAAUAUUUUAUGGUUUCUAUGGAUACAACACUAAAAGCCAAAUAACAGAGUCCGGAGAAUUAUUUAUGAGGUUUGUUCAUGCAUAUCAUCAGCAAAUAUUUGUCAUGUGAAGUGGGUCCAUUAUUAAAGUGACAGGUCAUUUCAUUUAGUGAUAAUUAGACGCACUCUUCUAAUAAUAAAGUCUGUGAUAAUUUUUUUGAAGGAAUACUAAAUUUCUGUACGAUUUCCACGCUUUUUACUAAUCGAAUCAUGUCUUAUUCUAAAUUAAAGGCCUUAGAUUUGAGUGCCUCAAUUUUUUUAUAUUUUCAAACAGAAAGGACCUUUACUGCCAAUUUCUUAGGCAAAGCUGGCAGCUGGAUUUGGAUAUUGUGUAAAGUUAUGGAAAUCCUUCUAAAAUAUAAUUCAAAGAACAUUCCUUAGUCAAUUUUAGAAAUAGAUAUCUUUCAUGUUAAUAUUCAUGUACAUAUGUUAUUGUUGUGGCAAUCACACAGGAAUUCAUCCUAAAUUUUGAACAAUGCACAAGCACUUCAUGAAAAUAUUGUUUGCAAUUAGC